AUGUCAAAUACGACGUCGAAAUUUCUACCACCAUUUGCUCCUCAGCAAACUGUGCCCACCACCACGGCCAAACUGUCUCUCGAGUAUUUCCCCCCAGAAGUACUUGCCCUCGUCUUGCACCAAAUACCGGAUUUCGAUUCUCUAAAGUCGCUCGUUUUUUCAUCACCAAAAUUCUACUACGUAUACUGUAGAGUGCGACAAGAGGUACUCUCUUCUCUUUUGAAGAGACAAUACGGAGACCUUCUUGACAUCGCAGAUGGAAUAACUGCAGUACGGUCCAAAGGUUUAUGGCUGAACUUUCACGAAGAAGAAGCUAUUGCCUUAUUAGAUGCUUGGCGUCGUAAAGAAGAGAUUCAAGACUACGCCAAAAACGCACCACGACCUAGGUGGAUACAACUUGAACCUACUCAAUGGCACCAAAAAAUCCUACCUCUUGACUUAUCCGACACCGAAAAACCCCGUUUCAUGAGGGGAUUAUGUCGACUGCAAAUCUUCUUUAAUAUUUUUGGAAUUCGUGAACAAUGUUGGUUUGAUAAAAGCCCAGCCUUGGAGGAAGAAAACGACUGGCAUCUUCAUACUGAUUACGAGAAUCAUACCUUAUUUUGGGACAUAAUGUUUCCCUGGGAAUGUGAAGAACUGGGAUGCGUAUGGUCAUAUUUGACAGACAAAUACAAACCUAUCUCGAAAGAAAUUGCUACCGACCUUCGCAAUCUCGUACCUAAUAUUGAAUGCCAUCUUCAUUGGCAAAGUAUGUCCGAGGAAGAACGUCCGAAGCGUAACACUUUCGUCGACGUCGAGUGUUAUGAGGCGGAAUAUGAUGGAUAUUUCGAGAUAUUGAUGUCGGUAGGGCUGGGAUUCCUCUACCGUGUUCUGAAUGCUGAUCGUCUGCUCCGGCGAAAUUUGGUAAUUGCUAAUUCGGCUUUUUAUUCUGAAGACAUAGCCAUUCCCCAAUGGUGCAGUUGUUGGGUUAACAAACGCCCUAGAAUUCCUCUAAACCAGCAUGAUAUACUAGAGUUCGAACAGCUCUGGUCCACACUACCUUCUCACGAGCAGCCUAAUAUUGGUUGGAAAGUGUCGUGGCUAGUGUCCCAUACACCGCGGCGACGAUUGUAUUGGUCAUUCAAAGAAAACCGAGAACGUUGCAAAGACUGGGAUUGGGGAUAUGCUCUAUGGGAUGAAGAGCGACUAGAAGGGUGGGGAGAAGACUGGAAAGCGACUUUGUUUGAACCUUCAGCCGAAUGA